AUUGACUCUGAAAAACCCAAAUCAAAGUUACCCGGCUCAGGUCCAAACCACAUCCCGCUCCCGCUCUCAAUCCGUCGACCUUCUCUCGUCCACUCGCAGUUGUUUUAUAUCUCAAUCAGCUACUCCUCUCGAUUUCUCUCUUUUUCUUGAUCAUCACACUACUCUGCAAUGGACUCGGUUGACGAGAACGAGAUUGACGAUGGUCUUUCGUUCGGAACCGAGCUGAAGGACGGAUUCAAAGUCACUGAAGCAUGGAUCGGAAACGGCAUAAGAUGGCUCGAGGACCUCCAGAUGUUUUAUCGCGAGCGAUCCACUCUCGAGAAAGAGUACUCCGUCAAACUUCUCGCUCUUACGAAAAAAUACUUUGAGAAGAAAGCAAAGAAGAGUAUCUCGCUCUCCGUCGGUGAUACUCCCCAGGUUACCCCAGGUUCUCUCGAAUCCGCGAGUCUCGUCACUUGGACUGAUAUCCUCACUCAAACCGAAAACAUGGCAAACGAGCACGACCGACUAUCUAGCGAGUUGAGUCUCCAGGUUGCAGAUCAGUUACGAGGACUGCAGUCCAGAUACGAGGAAUUUAGACGAAAGCACGUCACUUUCAACGAGAAAUUGGACGAAGAACGCGAUCUUGUCUACUCUGAACUGAAGAAGAUGAAGACUCAGUACGACUCCUCCUGCCAGAUUGUCGAAAACUCGAGAACAAAAGCCGAAAAGUCGUUCGACAACAGCAAAUCAAAAGCCACCCGCCAUUUUGAACAGAACCAGCUGGACAUGAACAACUCUAAAAACUCGUACCUCAUCGCUAUCAACGUCGCCAAUCGAGUCAAAGACAAGUACUACUUCCAAGACGUACCCUCGCUUCUCGAUAGCAUGCAGGAUCUUAACGAGGCCCGCGUGCGCAAGCUCAAUUCAAUCUGGACUGAGGCCUCAAAUCUCGAGCUGUCGUGUCUUGAACGCUGCCGGGAUCAUCUCCAGGCCUCUGUCCAUGCUAUCUCUCUCAACGAUCCGUUCCUCGAUUCGGCCAUGUUUAUGCGUCACAAUGCGCUCGCCGACUGGGCUCCUCCUCCCGAUUUUGUCUACGAGCCCUCACCGAUCUGGCAUGACGACGACGAGAUGAUUGUCGAUGAUCCCGCGCAGACGUUUUUGAGAAACAAGAUCGCCCAGUCACAGCGUGGAAUCCUCGACCUCCGCUCGACAGUCGAGCAGAAACGGAACGAGAUUGAAACCCUGUACGAGCUGCGGGAGCAAGCAAUCAAGGAUCCGACAAAGGGUAACUUUGACGAGGUUUUCACAAAACUAAUAAACGCCCAGCGCGACGCAGCGGUGGCGGACACAAAACGAAUUGCGCUCGAAGUCGAGGUCGAGACAGUCGAACUGGUAGUCGGCGAUAUCAUCAAGGGCACAAGACCGCACGAUUUCAAAGGUGUGUCGUUCAAGAUCCCGACCACAUGCUUGUUCUGCAACGACACAAUCUGGGGACUGUCGAGACACGGCUUCAAGUGCCGUGUCUGCGGCUACACCUGCCAUGCAAAGUGUCAGAUGAAAGUACCUGCCGAUUGUGCGGGCGCAAAGGUCAAGAAGAGCAAGAAGAAGAGCAAGCAGACCGACAACUCAAGUCUGAACGGGAACGGGAAUGCGUCGGAUGACGAUGCAUCCUCGGUCAUGAUGCCCCGGUCGACAAACUCGAUAACUUCGCACACGUCGUCGAUGUUGGGCUCGGUUUCACGCUUUGGUAGACGCAAGGCAAAGUCCAACGCCAGCUCGACCAUGCCGGGUGGUGAUCCGUAUGAGCUGCCAGGGUCGUCAUCUGCAAAGACGCAAACUGCGCAUGCAAAGUUUGCGUAUACUCCGAACGGCGACGGCGAGAUUCCAAUGUCUGCCGGUGACGAGAUCGAGGUCCUUGAACCCCACGACGGUACCGGUUGGGUGCUUGUACGAGACGGGCUGGCUGAGGGCUUAGUCCCGUUCAGCUACAUUGAGCUUGAGCCGGAUAUGACGCGCACCUCGUCGAUCUCGUCGUCGACCGCGAGCAUGAUGUCUGGAGGUCUGUUUAAGAAGAAAGGACCGGCGGUGGCGCCGAAGCGGGGCGCGAAAAAGAUAAACUACGUUGUUGCAUUGUAUGACUAUGAGGGCCGGACGGAUGCCGAGCUGACUAUUCAUGAGGGCGAUAAGAUUGUGUUGACCGGCGGGAAUACCGGCGAGGGUUGGACGGAGGGAGAGUUGAAUGGAGUGAUUGGCAGCUUCCCUAGUAAUUACGUCAAGCCUGUGGACUAGAUUAGUCCAUCCUGUCUUUUUGUUUCUUUUAACAUUUUUUUCCAAUACUUUUCGCGGGCGUAAGAGUUUGUUUUGUCAUCAUACUUCCACUUUUGAUCAUCUCUGUUUUUGAACUUUAGUCCUUUUGCUGUGAGCUGUUGAGAGCAGAGAGGGAGAUUAGCAUUUUAACAUCUAUUCAUUUAUUAUUUAUUGUGUAGUAGGU